AUGUACGGCCAAGUCCUCCUCCCCGCCCUCUCCCUCCUCUCCCUCGCCGUCGCUGCGCCCUUAGACGAGUCAUGGAUGCAGCCCAGAGACUCGGAGGUUGCCCACCUCUUCAAGAGAGCUGCUCCGGAUCCCUCUGCUGAUAACUACACCAGCUACUACCCCGACGCCUGGACGACACCAAACAGCACUGUCAUCCCCCAGGCAUGGCUCGACAAGCUGAACAACCUCACCAUGCCCAACGUCUCGGUAGCUACCAUGUCUGGGAGCCGACCCACAUACCCCAACCACGAGGACGAUGGGGACGACACUAUCUGUUCUUUCACAGAUCAGUGCCAUGUGGACGACGACCUGUAUGAGCCUUCGGGUGAGAAGAUAUUCGCGCUUUCUUUUGACGAUGGACCCACCGAGUCUUCCGAGGACCUCUACGCUUUCUUGGCCGAGAACAAUGCUUCCUCCAAGGCUACCCAUUUCAUGAUCGGUGGUAACGUCGUCACUGCUCCCCAAACAGUCCUCACCGCUGUCAAGGCUGGUGGUCACCUUGCCGUUCACACCUGGACUCACCCCUACAUGACUACCAAGUCUAAUGAGGAAGUUGUUGGUGAACUCGGUUGGACUAUUCAAGCGCUCGCAGACCUCAACGGUGGCCGUAUCCCCAAGUUCUGGCGACCUCCUUACGGUGAUGUCGACAACCGUGUCCGAGCUAUCGCCAAGGGUGUAUUUGGUCUUGAGACUGUCCUCUGGAACGAAGACACCAACGACUGGGCUAUCGCCGACGAGCCCCACAAGUACUCCAUCUCCAGUGUCGAGGCUACCUUUGACGAGUGGAUCACUGGCAACCGUACCGAGCCCCUGCUCUUGCUCGAGCACGAGCUCGACAACAACACUGUGACCGUCUUCAAAGACACCUACUGGAAAUUUGCUGCCCACGACUGGACUGUCGUUAACGUCGCCGACGCUUUCAACAUGACAUGGUAUGUCAACUCUGGCGAGGGCAACACCGACACUGUGACCACCAUGUCUGUGGCCGGUACCUUGACUACUGCCAGUACCUCUACCACGAGCAGCGCUGCAUCUACUACGGCUUCUGGCUCUGUCACUGGCUCUGCGUCCGACACUGCCGCUACGACUGCUGCCGCCAAUGCCAGCUCGUGGGCCAUCAGCAACAAGCCUUCUCUUGUUGCCCUGUUGGGAUCUUUCAUUGCUUCCGCCCUCUUCUUAUAA